AUGCAUUUGUCCCUCCCCAAUCACAGUGUCCAGAACAACCCGCACAUCUAGUGAGCCUCUUACCGUUCCCCCCGCUUGGCCACACGUGCACCGUUCUCGCACGACCGAUUGCCAAGUCUGACCCUCCCACGUUCCCUUCCUGCUUCGCAGCCUCGCCGUCUAUUCCUCCGUCCCCGUCUACGAGAUGAUGGUUCGAGGCAUCGGGGUCAUGCGCCGACGCGCCGACAGCUACCUCAACGCGACUCAAAUCCUCAAGGUAGCUGGUGUGCCCAAGGGCAACCGGACAAAGAUUCUCGAAAAGGACAUUGCACUCGGCGUACAUGAAAAGGUGCAGGGGGGCUACGGAAGGUAUCAAGGGACUUGGUGAGACUUCAUACUUUGAUCCACGCUGACCGCGAUGGCCCAGGAACUGACUGGACUGGCACGUCUUACCACCACUUCCCGGCUUGGCAUCGGACUCCGAUUCAUUUCCUUUCCUCACAGGAUCCCAUACCAUCGAGCACGAGAACUGUCGGACGAGCAUGGCGUCACGCAUCUGCUCGUGCCUUUGUUCGACUAUGUUCCCCCACCAGGCUACGAUUCUCUCGGCGCUGCUGGCCCCAGUGCUUCGAGCGCCUCCGCCUCCGCCCCUGUUCACCGUCAAACCGCCAAUGUCGCCGCCGCGGCCCAAUCCUCACCAGGAGCAUUAUCUUCCCCCGCCUCGCGUCGCCAACAAGAGACGAUGUCUGAAACAUCCGAGUCGGCCCCUCCUUCGAUCCGCAAGCGUGCCUCGGCGCGUGCCUCCAUCGUCUCGGAUGAGAACAAGCGACCGAGGCGGGAAGCGGCUGCAUCGACAAGCCAAGCGAACGGCCAUGCCCCUCGCCCCGUCGACGUCUUUGCCAACAACCCCGAAGAGCAAUGGAAGUUGCGCUCUUCGUCAGCUCCCCUGUCGAACCAGGCCCUGGCCGAGGAUCCGAGUCGGACCGAUCGUAACCGCUCGACGCUCAAAUCCAUCUUUGCCAUGGAGCCCGAGAACAGCCUCGUCGUUCCCAACUUGGCGUCGAGGUUCCCGGCCGACGUCGACCCCGACACGCCGAUCGACGAGAACAUGCACACCGCACUGCAUUGGGCUGCUGCCUUGGCCCGCAUCACGAUCGCCAAAGCGCUCGUCAACUUUGGUGCCGACGUCUUCCGGGGGAACAACGUCGGUGAGACGGCGUUGAUUCGAGCGGUGCUGGUAACCAACAAUUGCGACCAGGAUACCUUCCCGGCUCUUCUUGAAGUGCUCGGACCUAGUCUUCGAACGAUCGACGAGUCCGGUCGAACGGUGCUGCACCACGCUGCUCUUGUUGCCGGCGUCAAGGGUCGAGCCAGUUCAGCUCGCUACUAUCUGGAGAGCGUGCUCGAGUACGUCGCGCGCGUCGAAGGCGGUCGAUUCCAGGACCUCGUCGAUGCUCAAGACAACCACGGGGACACAGCGCUCAACAUCGCUGCUCGUAUCGGUAAUCGGUCUUUGGUACGAGCCUUGAUCGACGUUGGAGCGGACAAGCGCAAGGCCAACAACCUCGGUCUUCGACCAGGCGACUUUGGCCUCGAUGGUGUCGGACUCGAAAGAACAGAAGGAGAACUCGCUAUUGAGUCCCUACGGUCCACGCCUUCGACGAACAAGAAUGCCGCUUCGAGCGCGCCUACGCGCGCUUCGAACGAGUUGUUGCAGAACUUGACGACGAUGAUCAAGUCGCUCGAAGCGGACUUCAAAACCGAAUUGAGAAGCAAGGCCGAAGAUUUCCAAGCGACGCAAACCCAUCUUCAUUCGGUCACGAAAGAACUACAAGCCCAACGCCGCGAGUUGGAUCAAUGGCAACAGAAGGCCGCUGCGCUCGAUGCGCAACAUGCUCGGAUCAGGAACCUCAAACGAGCGAUUCACGAAGAGGACCAUUUCGACUGGACGGGAAGGACCGAGAUCGAUGGAUCGCCCGCGAUCGUCGCUGCUGGCCCUAGUUUCACCUACCGAGGUCCAAUGAGCGUUCAAUUGCCCAACAGCAGCAACGUAGAGUUCGAUGCUGAUCCUAAACUACCCGCCCCUGGAUCUGAACGAGAAUUGAUCCACCUGAUCCGUUUGCAAGGUUGGUACAAACGCGUGUUGGGACUACUCGAUAAUCGUCUCAGUCGACUUGAAGGUGGGGAGAUCGAAUUGGAGAACGAGUUGCAACGCAUCGUCGCGAAGGUUUGUGGUGUUGACGUGGAUAAGGUCGAUACGAUGUUUGAGACGUUGUUCGCGGCGUUGGAGUCGGAUGGGUCGAUGAUGGAUCAGGCGAGGAUCGCGGGCUUUUUGUCCAAGGUCAAGGAUGGCUCGUUCGUGCAGUAA